ACCCAAUAUCUAAGUUACAUUUAAACCAGUGUGGGUGGCACUGGGAGCAGGUGGGUAAAGUGUCUUGCCCAAGGACACAACGGCAGUGACUAGGAUGGCAGAAGCGGGAAUCGAACCUGCAACCCUCAAGUUGCAGGCACGGCCACUCUACCAACCGAGCUAUACCGCCCCAUUAAUUUGAUAUUGCCUCAAGGGCCACGGCGGGCCAGAGUUUGACACCCAUGCACUAAGUGUAUCUUGUGUUUUUUAUCUUGAUUUAAUAAAAUAAGAAAAAUAAAAAGAGCCGUAUCGUUCGCGAACGACCCACCACUCUUUCCCAUGGCUUGUUUUAUGCCCUCGCGUCACGCAGGGCGCGCGUUGGCGCACCCGCACCGCCGCCUGCGCACUCGCUCGCGCGCGGCAAACCCCCCACGGGCGGACGCAAUGUCCCAUCCACGCGCGUGUCCUCCGUCCACACCGGACGCCGUCGUCGGCGUGACGCCAGGGAGGCUGCGGCCCGCGCGGCUCCCGGAGAGCCUCCGCGCCGCGCCGCGGACGCGCUGAUCUGCACCCGGGCCGCGUCAUCCUCCCCGCAGGAUGGGGACGAGCUUCUCCGGCCUGGCGGCCUUCCAGUCCCUGCACGUCGUCAUGCUGGGCUUGGACUCGGCGGGCAAGACCACGGUGCUCUACCGGCUCCGCUUCAACGAGUUCGUCAACACGGUGCCCACCAUCGGCUUCAACACGGAGCGCAUCCGGCUGGGCGGCGCGGGCGCCUCCAGGGGCAUCAGCUGCCACUUCUGGGACGUCGGCGGCCAGGAGAAGCUGCGUCCGCUGUGGAAGCCCUACAGCCGCUGCACGGACGGCAUCGUCUACGUGGUGGACUCCGUGGACGCCGAGCGGCUGGAGGAGGCCCGGGCCGAGCUGCACCGGAUCGCGCGCUUCUCCGAGAACCAGGGCACGCCGCUGCUGGUGGUCGCCAACAAGCAGGACCUGCCGCGGGCCCUCAGCGUGGCGGACAUCGCGCGGCAUCUGGCCCUCGGGGAGCUGCCUCCGUCCACGCGGUACCACGUGCAGCCCGCCUGCGCCAUCACCGGCGACGGCCUGCGCGAGGGCGUGGACGCGCUGCACGACAUGAUCGUCAAGAGGAAGUCGCUCAAGCGGAAGAAGAAGAGGCAGUGACUGGUCACGUGACCUUCAGCCAGGGGGGAUGGAAAGUGGCGUGGACGUGACGUCAUCAUUGUCGCGUGAUGACGUCACGCAGCAAGUACUGGACGUCUGUUAAUUCAAGUGAGCGCGGGAACGUCUCAUCCAAAAAAGUGCCAAACAUUUUGCCACCAUCUCCGACGCCAUAUUGUGACUGUUCUCCCUUCCCGGAUGUUACAGUAGCAGAAGAUGCUGCAUGCGAGCUUCGAUACAAACACAGCAUUGUUGUGACUAAUAACUCCUCUUAAAUGACUUAAAAUAUCAUACUCAGCACAGCGGAAAGUAUUUAUUCGAGUUGAAUGUUGAACGCGGAUGAAGGGAGCAUGUCUUACUUGAAACCGCCACCAGAGGGCGCGCGCCCACGUGUCCCAGAGGCGUGAGGAGAGUAUGGCCAACUCGGUUUCGGGCUGUCUCCUAUAUGAUUGGUCGGAAGGCAUCACGUGACGACCGGGCGCCAUGUUUGCUUCCAACUUUGAGCCGGCCACAGCUGGCGCUUUGCAGACUUCCUCCUUCGACCUCUUCUAAUUGAAGAGUUGUGUUUUUUUGUCGUGUAAACAUGCAUAUUAUUACACAGCUGACAUACUGUUUUUGUUAUUGACAGGUUUUAUUGAUUUUAAUGAUUACAAACACACAAGCUCAGUUGGUAGAGUGGCCGUGCCAGCAACUUGAGGGUUGCAGGUUCGAUCCCCGCUUCCCCCAUCCUCGUCACUGCCGUUGUGUCCUUGGGCAAGACACUUUACCCACCUGCUCCCAGUGCCACCCACACUGGUUUGAAUGUAACUUAGAUAUUGGGUUUCACUAUGUAAAGUGCUGAGUCACUAGAGAAAAAACGCUAUAUAAAUAUAAUUCACUUCACACAAUAGUCACACACAAUCCAUAGUAGUCAAUUAUGGAUUUCAUGUGGCAAAAAUAACAUACAAAAUGAUAUAAAUAACAACUAUAUGAAUUGUAUUUACAAUAUAUAUCUGUAUAUAUAUAUAUAUACGUAUAUAUAUGUAUAUAUAUAUAUAUACAUAUAUAAAGUCGAGGUUUCUGUGGUUUAUCUGUUAUACAGUGCUCAAACUAGUUAUACUAGAGCGAGAUAUACGUUAGGUCGGAAAAAACACAGAGGCUAAAUAAUCCCUACAAGCCUGUUGGGAAUUUAAAGUCAGGGAAAUAUGCGAAACAGGCUUGUAGGGAUGAUAUAGACUCUUUAUUUUUUCUGAACUAAUAUAUAUAUAUAUAUAUAUAUACACACAUAUAUAGAGACAUGUAUAUAUAUAU